CGAGUAAUGCUAGCAACACACCUGCUUUUCUAUCACAUAGAGUGUGUCGAUUCAUAUUGGACAAGCUCUGGAUAUCCGGAUCUUCGUGGUCCAACGGUUUCGAAAUGUUCCAUAGAUUUACCACCGGGAACGCUUUAUUAUGUUUGUGAUCCCGAUCACGUACUUAAUACUACUGAAGGACGACUUCUUAAUGCACGUCUACACGCACUUGCAGUUGGUACACCAUGUCAUUGCCAAAGGCGAUCACAGUGUACUUCAGAUAAUGAUGAUAGUAAUCCAUUUCAUGGUUUUGUGGUAUCGAUAGCCUUAGUUAAUAAUCUUCAAAUGACCAUUCAUAGUCCAUCAGAACAGCAACUCAUCGAUCGAGCCGAAGGGUUUUGUCGAACUUUAGAAGGACGAUGGGCGCUCGGUGAUUGCGGUAAUUCAGUUAUUGUUUUUGUAUGGAAACAUUAUAAGAAGAUGGUGAUUUGGCCAGCACGAUUAGCUGAAAGAUAUAUUACAGUGGAUGAACGUCGACAUAUCUUGUCCGAAGUGAAUUCACUUGUUCAAAACGAUCAAUGGUCAGAUGCUUUAAUAAAAGUUAUUGAUGCGUUGCACCGAGAGCUUAAAGGUAAGCCGGAUGAUCGUUUUGAUACCGGAACCUUAUCUCUGAUUGUUGCCGUUGGUUUCGCAUGUCUCCUAACAUUGUUUAUCACGUGUUGUGUUUGUGCGUUUCGAUGUUGUGGAAAUUUAAAGCCCAAACAAAAUCAAGGAGUUCAAAAAGCUGCUCGUCGAGUCGAUAGUCUUCGAGCACAAGUCAUUAGAAGAGGUAGCCAACUGCGUAGAUCUUUAUCACGAUCAUCGAAAUUCUCAGCUCGAGACAGCCCUAUAAAUACGGUAUUUUUAGAUACGACUGGCACUAGCGUCGUCUAA